CGUCAGAGUUGGGUUUUAAGACCUAUAAAAACUCCACCAACAUUACCAGACGUUCCUCAGCACUUCAACUUUCAGCACUGCAUCAUGUUUGACAUCUACGCUUUAGCUGUAUCGCUCAUUGGAGGCGCUAUAAUCACAUUUCUUGCUAACGUUGCCUCGAUCGAAUCUCGGAGUGUACCGAAGACGCUCCGUGAUACAUUAUCCUCCUUCAUUGGCUUCAUUCGAGCUGUAUUUGGCAGCGAACAAGACGACCAACAGGGUAAUCCUUUGACAAGAGCGCAAGUCACCGCAGCAUUUCCGCAAGGAACGUGGCAGCGUAAUGCCUACGAAGACUAUAAGGCAGUUCUCCUCGAUGAAGAACUAAUCUUCCCCUGUGUCUAUGCCACAAAGGGCUUUAAAUCAGAUGACCAGCUCUAUUUUUUCAUCGACUCGGAUGACCUGUCAGACCCACGUCAUAUCCGUGCUCUUGCAAAGGGACUUUCCACAUACCUCCGUCAAGCUCGCCAGCUUGGCCCCAACACCUCCCUUGUUCUCCUUGCCAAGCAAAAUGACAAUAACACACGAACAGUAGAGGAAUACAACACUCUGUUCUGGGAACUCCUCAAUGGUCUCGCCAAGCUUGAUGAGAAGCCCUGGCCUUCAACUGUACCCCGCGACAUUGACACAGACAGAUGGUGCUUCUGCUUUGGCGGAGAACAAUUCUUUACUGUCAUCCAAACCCCUGCUCACCAGGUCAGGCGCACGCGUUAUGCGCCAGGCCUGACCAUGGUCUUCCAGCCCAAGUGGAUUUUUGACAUUCUCUUCAGCACUGAUGCAAAGCGUGCGGGUGCGCUCGCAAAAGUUCGUACCCUCCUCGCCAAGUACGAUCCAAUCCCUGUCAGCCCCGAGCUGAAGAACUACGGCGAGGAAGGAUCGCGGGAGUCCAAGCAGUACUUCUUGCUGGAUGAAAAUGAUCCGGCGCCGUGUGCAUAUAACAAACUCAGUGACUCCGAGAUCAUUGCCACAUAAAACGAACUACAACACCUUCCUAAUGCGGAGUCACACAGAUAAUGCAGUGCUUCGUUGAAUUUAAAAUUGUGUAACCUAUAACAUACCAGGCGUUGGGCUGGAGUGGGCCGG